CACAAAAUGUCUGCCAAUCACCAAAAUAACCUAAAUUAAUAAACAAACACUUUUUUUAAAAUGUCUUUCGAAACACUCCAAAUUGAGAAAAUCUGUAGAACGUGUCUUUCUGAGGAAGGUGACAUGCGGUCGGUGUUUAGCAUCGAUGAAUCUAUCGGCGAAACAAUGCGACUAUUUGAAAUGUUAAUGUCUUGUGCUGCAGUUCAGGUUUUGGAAAACGACGGAUUACCCACUCAAGUGUGUCUACAAUGUGUUCAUUAUAUAACUCGUGCUUUUUCCUUUAAACAAUUAUGCGAAAGAUCCGAUGCAACACUGCGGCAACUUUUAGGCAAACCCAUGCAGGCCACUUUUAUGGAAUUAAAACCUUUAUUGUCCAAUGACCAACACGAAUCCUCCUUUAAUGAUGUUAUAAAUACCGUCACGGAAAACAUACAAGCUGUAACAGAUUCCGUUAAUGAAGCUUUAAACACUGCAGUUGCAACAGUAAACAGUAUAGAUGUUGGGGAUUCUUUCAAGUCGGAAGGGUCUCAAGAAAUGAAAAUGAAACUAGAAUUCGUGGACAAUGACGUGUUAGGAAUUGAUCCAGAUUCUUGUGGUAGCGACUCAGAAAGCAAGAUAAACGAACUCAGAGCUAAAAGAGAAUCAAAGAAAAAGAAAAUUAGAGACGACACUGAACAACCGAUUUAUCCAUGCGAGGAAUGCACCCAAUGUUUCACAACAAUGAUAGAUUUAAAGGCCCAUUCGAAAACUCAUCCAAAAAUUAGCAGACACAUUUGCAAAAUCUGCAAUCAAGGCUUUGCAAGUGCAAGCACUUUGUGUCGACAUAUGAAGGUUCAUGACGGCGCUAAAAGACAUUUAUGUAGUGAAUGUGGUAAAGGUUUUGCAAGAUCGGAUGAUCUCACAAGACACAUAAGAACGCACACUGGUGAAAAGCCCUUCCCUUGUAAAUUAUGCGGGAAAUCGUUUGCGCAAUCGUUUCGUCUGUUGGAGCACAUGAGGGCGCACGCAAAUGAAAAGAGUUUUAUUUGUUCAGUUUGUGGGAAAGCGUUUUCACGGUACACAAGUUUAGCGGCCCAUAAUAAGACACAUAGCGGUAUAAAAAGCCACGCUUGUGGCGUUUGUGGCAAAAGAUUGUGCGGCUCUGGUUCUCUCGCGAUGCACAUGAAGACUCAUACAGGCAUUAAAGACCACAUUUGUCCCUACUGUGGUAAAGGUUUUACCACCCCCAGCAAUCUAACCAUACAUAAAAGGACCCACACAGGUGAACGUCCUUACGUUUGUAACGAAUGUGGAAAAGGUUUUCCCGAUCCGUCGAGACUCACAGUCCACGUUCGAUCUCACAGUGGCGAAAAACCCUACGUUUGUAGCGUUUGUGGUCGCGGUUGUGUCAGUUCAUCUCAGUUAAAAAAACACAGAAGAAUACAUACUGGCGAAAAACCUUAUCAGUGCAAUCUAUGUCCUAAGGCUUUCCCCCGAAGCGAAGAUUUACGAAUUCAUAUAAAAACUCAUACGGGAGAUAGAAAUCAUAUUUGUCCCUUUUGUAAAAAAGGCUUUUAUCAAGCUUCAACUCUAAAAGUACACCUUAGAAUCCACACAGGGGAAAAACCGUACACUUGCAAUAUUUGUAAUAAAGCGUUUUCACAAACCGGACCCCUAUCCACUCACAUGAAAACGCAUUCAUAGCACGCCUAAAAUUUAUUUGUUUAUUUUAUCCAAAUUUUACAUUUCAGUGAGAUUAUAUUGUAUAAAGUAGCGUCUUGCGCCUAUUUAGUCGAAAAAUAUUCAGCUUUGUUACACAUAGGAACACAUAUUUAAUAAUAACAUGGGACUGUGUCGGUAAAAUAUGUAUUAUUUUUUAAUGUGCUGCCUGAAAUAAAUGCAAUUUUAUUUUUUUUUUCAAACUC